AUGUAUGGCUCUUCUUCCCCCAUCUCUCCUCACACCAGCCUUGUGAGCAGGAAAGAAAUACCAAGGUACUGGCACAUCCUGUCCCUGAUCUUUGCCAUCCAUGAGAUCAACCGGAAUCCCAGGCUCUUACCCAACAUCACCCUGGGCUACAACAUCUUUGAGAACUAUUAUGACACAAGAAUGACUUAUGAUGCUGUGGUAGACCUUCUCUCUAUUGGGCAGGUGAAUGUUCCAAACUACAACUGUGGGAGACAGAAGAACCUGCUGGCUGUUCUAGAAGGGGCUGAAUCUGACAUCUCCAUCCAGAUCUCAACCAUGUUUGGCAUCUAUAAAAUCCCACAGGUCAGUUAUGCUUUUGUUUCUCAUUUCCUGAACGAUAAAACUCAGUCCCCUUUUUUCUACCGGAUGGUCCCCAAAGAAGAACCUCAGUAUCUGGGGAUUGUUAAACUGCUCCUCCAUUUCAAAUGGAUGUGGAUUGCUCUCUUUGCUGUUUACAAUGACAGUGGAGAAAGGUUCAUAAGGACCUUGACACCUCUGCUCACCAAGAGUGGCAUUUGCAUUGGCUUCUUUCAAAGCCUCCCAGAAGUGAAUUCAGCUACAUUUUCAUUUCAAGUUCCUCGAUUUCGCAUUGAGAGGAAAAUCAAUGUAUUUGUUUACUAUGCUGAGAAUCAUUCCUUUGCAGAUGGAAUAUUAGUUAUACAAGCAUUGGACAAUUAUUUUAAGGACAUUGAGGGGAAAGUCUGGAUCACAACAGCUUUGUGGGACAUCACUGUGGAGUUGACAUACAAUAGGGCAUCUUACCAUCACAUCCAUGGCUUUUUCUCCUUCUUGGUCCAAACAAAGAAAAGGACAAACUACAAUGAUGUUCAGCUAUUUCUUUUUGCUAUGAAGCCAUUUGUGGAGAAGGCAUUUCAUUGUUUUGAUUCAAAGCAUGUGUCAUCUGUAAAAGGCUGGACAAGAUGCAGAGAGAAAGAGAACCUGGAGACCCUGCCUCAAGAGGUACUUGAAAAAGCUUUUUCUCUAGACAGCUACAGGAUUUACAAUGCUGUCCAGGCUGUGGCCCAUGCCUUAAAUGCUGCAUAUUCAUCCAGAUCCAAGCACAUGGUGAUGGUGGCUGGAGACAAGUUGAAACACCAGAGGCUGCAGCCAUGGCAGAUGCAUUAUUUCUUAAGAAACUGGCCAUUUUACAAUGUUUCCAUGGAUGGAAUAUAUUUGGAUCAGAACGGGGACCUGGCCGCUGACUUUGAUAUUGUGAACUGGGUGGUGUUUCCUAACACAUCUGUUGUAAGAGUGAAAUUUGGGAGUUUAGAGAGACAAGGAUCCCCAGAACUAAAGGUCAGCAUUGACCAGGAUGCAAUUGUGUGGCCCAAAUGGCUUAACCAGAACUUGCCUCAUUCCAGGUGCACUGAAAGCUGUCGCCCUGGAUAUGCCAAGGUGAUUCUGGAAGGAAUGCCAGUUUGCUGCUAUGAUUGUACUGCAUGUACAGAAGGGACAAUCUCCACACUGGAAGAUGCAAACCAAUGCAAUAGGUGUCCAAAUGACCAGCAUGCAAACAGAGAACGAGAUCAAUGUGUUCCCAAGGUUUUAACAUUCCUGGUUCUUGAAGAAUUGUUGGGGAUCAGCCUAGCUUCUGUGGCUCUGUUCUUAUCCAUAACCACAGGUUUGGUAUUAGGAAUCCUCAUUAAAUACAUGGAAACUCCAGUAGUCAGAGCCAACAACCGAGACCUCUCCUACAUUCUCCUCGUCUCCCUCCUGCUUUCUUUCUUGUCCUCCUUCCUAUUCAUUGGUCGGCCCCAAAAGGUGACCUGCCUUCUCCGACAAACUGCCUUCAGCAUCAUCUUCACAGUUGCUGUCUCUUCUGUGUUGGCCAAGACCAUCACUGUGGUGGUUGCAUUCAUGGCCACCAAGCCAGGGAACAGGAUGAGGAGAUGGCUGGGGAAGAGUUUGGCCAACUCCAUUGUCAUUUCCUGUUCCAGUAUUCAAAUUAUCAUUUGCAUUAUCUGGCUGGGGAGCUUUUCUCCCUUCCCAGAUUCUGACAUGCAUUCCCAGCCUGAACACAUCAUCCUUCAAUGCAAUGAAGGGUCUGUCACCAUGUUUUAUAGUGCCCUUGGCUACAUGGGUUUCCUGGCUGUCAUCUGUUUCAUGGUAGCUUUCCUAGCCAGGAAGCUACCUGGGGCAUUCAAUGAAGCCAAGUUGAUCACCUUCAGCAUGUUGGUCUUCUGCAGUGUUUGGGUGUCCUUUGUGCCCACCUACCUGAGCACAAAAGGGAAAUACAUGGUGGCUGUGCAGAUCUUCUCCAUCCUGGCCUCCAGUGCUGGUUUGCUGGGUUGCAUCUUUAUUCCAAAAUGCUACAUCAUUGUACUGAGGCCUCACCUGAACACAAAGGAGCAUCUAAUGAUUAAAGAUGGCAUCUGAGUCUCAGUAUAUUCUUUCAACUUUGGCUUUUGAUGGCCAGCUCAAUAGAAAUGAGAUCAACAUACUUGUAUUAGGAAUUCAUGCCCUUGGAUGUUUUCAUCUCCUUUCCCCUCCAUCUUGAAAUAAAGUAGCAAUUAACAAUAAAAGUAAGUUCACCAUGGCACAGGAAUGGCCACCACCCAUUUCAUUCAUAUUUGGAAAGUGUCUAGUAAUUGUAUGUCUUGGUUCUUUAUCACUUCCUUGGAUAUAUCCAAGGUAUCACUUAAUACAAGUAUUUACACAUUUUCUUUUUAUUUUAUUUUUUAAUGUAGUUUAACAGAUGAGGAUGGGAAGAUUUUCUGCUGGGGUCCAUGGGUUACUUUCAGAGCUGUAGCUAUAAUUGUGCAGAUGGGUUCAAAGAACCUGGGCCUCCCAGCUCCUAAGGGCCACCCCAGCUCCACCCCUCCCUAUUUCCAUCAUUAUUGCAAACACAGGCCCCCUCUCCCCUAGCUACACCUUUGGUUACCUGUAUUAAAAAUCCUGUAUAUGCUAGGACUUAUAUAUAAAUAGCAAUAGCAAUAGCACUUACAUUUAUAUACCGCUCUAUAGCCGGAGCUCUCUAAGCGGUUUACAAUGAUUUUAGCAUAUUGCCCCCAACAUUCUGGGUAAACUACUAUUGAAGAAUGAUCCAGAAUCAGAACAGGUGAAAGACUGCAUGAUAAAAUGGAUGCAGAACUUUAAUAGGACAAUAGAGAUGCAACAGUGGGCAUUUCAAUGCAAAGUGAAUAUAAAAUUUAUAGUGAACAGUACUCUAAGGGAAAAUUGGUAUAAAAUGUACCUGUGUUGGUAUAUUACUCCAGUAAUGAUCUCAAAGAUGGACAAUUAAUACCCUGGAGACUGUUGGAAAUGCAUGGAGAAGAAAGGUACCUAUAAUCAUAUGUGGUGGACAUGUAAAAAAAGUCCAAAAUUUUGGAAAACAAUACAUUUGAAGAUGCAGCAAAUCUUGCAUAUAGAUUUUCCUUUUCUUCCAGAAAUUUUACUAAACCGCAUAUUCCUGCAAAACACACGGAACUUUCUUUAUAUAUGAUAAUGGCGGCAAAAAUCCUUUAUGCUUCCUGUUGGAAAACAAAUCUGAUUCUGACAUUAGAUGAUUGGCAACUCAAACUUUGAGAAUAUGCAUCAGUGGCUAAAAUUACUGCAUAUACUAAGAAUAAAUCUGAAGACAUUUUUCUUUCAGACAUGGGAAUCAUUUAUUCAAUAUAAUAUAUUGCAGGGUUUGGUAUCUCAUCCGAGAUUUGGUUUUUCUUUGUAGAGAAAUUUAAGGCAGACUGUUAUGUAUAGAUAGUAGGAGCAUCAAUUAAUUAUUAGUUUUUUAACUUUUGCAGUUAUAUUUUUUUUCAGUGUAGUGGAAGGAGGGGAGAAAGAUUUCAGUUGAAAGAAUUCUGGUUGGUGUAUACAGAUUGUAAUGAGAAUCAUUGUAUUUCCUUUGCUUGAUUAUUUUAUUUUAUUUUAUUUUUUCUAUUUUUCUGUCUUCUUAUGUCUCUUGUUUGUACUUCUGAUAAAACAAUUAAAAAAAUUUUUUUAAUCGUA